CAUUGACUUCACUAAUAGACAAGUCUCCGCGGCUGCUGUGCCAGUGUGGUUUCCGCGUGAUCCGCUCACCGGAUCAGUUUAAAUCUGUCUGCUGUACUGAAGUUUGUGGCAAAGUGGCAAGCAACCUCAACCUUCAAGCUUAAGCAGACGAUACGGCCGAUAUAAUCCUCCUUGAGAGCUGAUCACCAAGUUAAUUAGGCGUACUUUUUUGUUGGAGGGGCCAGGAUUUCAGCGGGUUAAUCUUUGAUGGCUGCCAGAGAUUUAGAGAUGGAUGCAUGGAUAAACCGUUACCGUUCUUUGGCCGAAGGAGUGGUGAUUAUGGUCUGCCCGGUGCUUCUUGCAAUUGCGCUCAACAAGGUUAACCUGAAGAUCGAGGAACACGGUCGUGUAGUUCCAAUCAUCAUGCUCGUGGUUGCAGCCAUUACAUUAAUAGCCGGUAUUUGCCCAUUCCUCAUCUGCCGUUUGACAGGACCGCCCCACACUGUGACCAAGUGUAUGGCCUCCUUAUCGUGUACGUGCUUAGUGGUACUUGCCUGCUGGAUCAUGCGUCUUAUUAUCUCUGACAACUGGUUAUACCCUGCGAUUGGCGCUGUAUUUGGACUCUGCAUCGUGGUCAGUACUGUCAUCUACGGCCGUCGAAACAAUGCUGCACCGGGAAAUGCAGGACACUACAAUAUCCAGGAGAACUCACUAGAGCUCUCGGCUGGUGUAACUGCACUGCUGUUUCUGGGACUAGAAGGCUUGGCAUUGGAAGGUCAAAAUAACGUCCUUAAAUCAACACCAGAUCCUCUUAGCAAACCAAUGGGCGCAAGCUUCAUCGCUUGUGUUGUCGGCGUGUGGUUAAUGCUCCUCGAGACGAACCCUGCUCAAAUAAGUCACGACAAGAUAAGCAACCUUACAAAGCUCUUUGAUAUCAUCAUGACUAGUGGCAUCUGCUUGGUCAUGUUCUUCAUCAUCGAUGCACUCAUGAAAAUAAAAGCAUUGCUUCUGAUGGCACCUCCAUUCCUGAUUCUCAUGGUUCAUGUUUUCCAUCUCGUCUUCCCCCCUACAGUCGUCAAUGCUAACAAUGGUAGAGAGUUCAAACCAGCAUCGCUUGAACUAACCAAAGUGACGUUUACUGGAUUCCUAGCGGUGUCGAUACCAAGAAUCAGGAAUGGUUCGCUGAACAAGUGCACACAUUGGUUCAUACUCCUUGCUGCAUCAGCUAUUGCUUCAGGUCUGGUAUGGAGGCUCUUUACGCAUGUCAGGCCUGUAGACAACAAGGUCGUAGCAACUGCGAAUAUUGCUUCCUUCUGCACCCAUCUUUGCAUUGUAAUUGCUGCAAUUCCAUUUGCUGUCAUGGCCGGAAAUGCUCUCUCUUGAUUUUGUAGCAUGUAGCAACUCAAAAUGAUGAACGAUCUUCCAUGGAUUCUGUGCUGGCAGAUUUAUAUAAUGUUUUUCAGUUC